AUGGAUGACAAAGAUCCUCUGCAAUCAAUGGCAGAAUUUUUUGGCACUGGUGAUCGGUUGUAUAGGAAUUACCAUCCUUUCUUGUCUGCUCGCCCCUGUGAUCCUGAUGGCGCAUUCCUUCCACCAGGAACUCCUCCACCACCACUCACAGAAAAGUCACUGGAUGACUGGACUCCAUAUGGAAGCCACGUCGAAUUUGAGCUUGCCGACUACCUGUUUACAAGGAAUCAAACUCCCGCAAAUUCGAUCAAUCAACUCCUGAACAUUUGGGCAGCUUCCUUAGUCCAAGCUGGGAGUAAAUUCACGCUGUUUCCUGAUCAUCGCAACCUCUACAAGACAAUCAACAAUACUCCCCUCGGUGACGUCAAAUGGCAGUCUUUUUCAGUCAAAUACACUGGCGCCAUUCCAGAUGAAGGUGCCCUGCCCUGGAUGGAAGAUUCUCAUGAUGUUUGGUUUCACGACCCCCGCGAUGUUGUUCGAAAUAUGCUCGCUAAUCCAGAAUUUGCUACGGAGAUUAACCUUCAACCCUACCGCGAGACAAGAUAUCCGAAGAUCCCGACACUCAUGGCUCAACAUUCGUGCCAGUCAUUCUCGGAAGCGACUAAAAUGAUCGUUUCAGUUGCAACAGGACAGAACGACUACUAUCCACUCUACGCCUCUAUCGGUAACGUUCAAAAUAAUGUGCGUCGCGCUCAUCGUGGUGCUGUAGCUGUUAUAGGCUUUCUUGCAAUGCCCAAAACAACCAAAGAGCACGCCGAGACACCAGGCUUCCGAAAUUUUCGACGCCAACUCUUUCAUUCUUCACUUUCGUUCAUCCUCAAGAACCUCAAGCCUGCUAUGACGAAACCUGAGGUUGCACAGUUCGGGGAUGGCCAUUAUCAGGCACAUGAUCUACAGGACUUGGACCUUACAUUGCAGACUAUGAAGAGCAAGUUCUGCUCACCUGUAUAUUAUGAAAUUGGUGUGGCCAAGUGUCUUUCACAUCAUGGAAACCUUGAUGAUAUCAGUCUCUGUCGCUCAAGAUCUCACACAGAUGCACUCAUCGAGGAGUGCGAACUCUGGAACCCUGAACCAUUUACGAACGAUUUCCCCCACGCUGAUAUUCAUGAGCUGCUCGCACCUGACAUUCUCCAUCAGCUCAUCAAGGGAGCAUACAAAGAUCAUUUGGUCGAGUGGGUAGAGAAAUAUCUCCUGCAGACGCAUGGAAAGAAGCAAGCUAACAUUAUUCUAGAUGAUAUUGACCGAAGGAUCGCGGCAGUUCCUCCAUUCCCUGGAUUGCGCAGAUUUCCCCAAGGACGUCACUUCAAACAGUGGACAGGUGACGACUCAAAAGCACUUAUGAAGGUUUACUUGCCCGCGAUUGAAGGUUAUGUCCCGGUUGAUGUUGUGCAUAAUGUCAUCACUGAAAAGUCCCUCUCUGAAAUUGAAGAUGCACUUACUCGUUUUCGUACAUAUCACGAGGUUUUCAAGACCACCGGAGUAGUCACUACCUUCUCGCUUCCUAGGCAACAUUCCAUGUCUCACUAUGUCUACCUUAUUCGACUGUUUGGUGCUCCGAAUGGGCUGUGCUCCUCAAUCACGGAGUCCAAGCACAUCAAAGCCAUAAAAGAGCCUUGGAGGCGUUCCAGCCGAUACAAGGCGCUGGGACAGAUGCUGCUAACUAAUCAGCAUUUAGAUAAAUUGGCAGCAUCAUGCGUGGAUUUCUGUGUUCGUGGAAUGCUUGCAGGUACAUGUUUGUCUGCUGUUCUCACAUCACUCGAGGGGAUAAAGCGGGCGCAAAGUGUCCAUGCGCUCGCCAACGAGCUUGAUAUCCCGCAUUUGGCUGAUCUUGUCUCGCAAUUCCUUGCUGGACAAUUAUAUCCAGACAUGGACCCUACCGAAGUGCCUGACAAUCUCAUGGACUGCCCUCGUUUCAAUGGGAAGAUACGGGUCUUUAAUUCCGCAGUAUCGGUGUUCUUCGCACCAAGCAAUUUGAGUGGGAUUGGUGGGAUGAAACGUGAAUACAUUCGUGUGUCUCCCAAGUGGAGAAGUGGGCAUGCGCGCAAAGAUUGCGUGUUUGUCAUUACUGACCCAAAUGCUCACGGAAUGCAGGGCAUGGACAUUGCUCAGCCACUGCAUACCGAUAAAAUAGUAUCAGUGGAUACUAUUUUUCGUUCUGCUCACCUUAUUCCUGUCUACGGUACUGAUAUGCUCCCCUUGGUGAUUAAAUCCCACCACGUUCUCGACAUAUUCACCCUUUUCUAUGUCAACAAGUAUGCUGACCAUCACGCCUUCGAAAUAGCAUGUUAG